AUGAAUUACGUGGGACAGCUUGCAGGACAAGUUGUAGUUACUGUGAAGGAACUAUACAAAGGCAUUAAUCAGGCCACACUGUCAGGGUGCAUUGAUGUAAUUGUUGUUCGACAACAGGAUGGUAAUUUAUAUCUGUGCUCUCCAUUCCAUGUCCGAUUUGGAAAGCUUGGUGUUUUACGUUCCAAGGAAAAAGUGAUUGAUAUUGAAAUUAAUGGAGAAGCUGUUCAACUUCAUAUGAAGCUGGGUGACAAUGGGGAAGCUUUCUUUGUUCAAGAAACAGAAGAAAAGUUUGAAAAAGUUCCAGCCCAUCUAGCAACAUCCCCAAUUCCCACGGAUGAUCAGUUUUUCAAAGAUAGCGAUGACCAUUUGUUGAAGUCAAAUGAGAAUCAAGGAAAAAUGCAAAGCUCAGACAUUCCACAAAUUGUAGAAACAAGGGCCUGUGUUUUCCUCUGGAUCUUAAUGAGAAAAGAGAAAAAAGUGAGGAGGAAAAGAAAGAAUGUAAACAAGAUCCCAAGAAAGAAAGAUCCGAUCUCCUCUCCUGGAACUGAAGAAGUACUUGAAAUAGGAAAUCAUGAUGAUGACAGUGGCUUUUUAAUAUACUGACUUUACCUCCACAGAAAUUCCUCAGAUUCUCCACCAAAGGAUGAAGAAUAUAAAGAAUCAUUGCUUUACCAUUCAAAAGACCACUACCCCUUAUCUGAUGGAGACUGGUCUCCUUUGGAAAACCCUUUUAAUCAGGCAGCUUGUCCUAAAAGUGAUUCAGAACUGGAAGUUAAGCCUGCAGAGAGCUUACUGAGAGCAGAAUCACACAUAGAAUGGACAUGGGGAGGUUUCCCUGAAUCGACCAAGAUAAGCAAGAAAGAAAAAUUAGAACAUCCUAGAACUGUCACACUCACCCCAACAGAGAAGACUCAUUUCCGAGUCAUCUCCAUCACUGACACAGUUGAAGAUGACAAUUUGGUGAACAGUUCAGUUUGCGUGGUACUGAAACCCGAACCAAGAACUCAUCCUCUACUUAAGGAGUUAGAUAUAAGAGACGGUCUUGCUUCUACAGAGACGGAAUCUGUUUUGGAAAUUCUUCAAGACUCAUCUACAUUGGAUACUGAUACUCUUCCCAGUCCGUUGGUAGAUUCUCCAUCAGAAACUAAACAACUGGCAAAACUUGGCUCUCCUUCAAAGAAGAAAGGGGCACAUAAGAGAAGCCAGCACCAAGGGCCUGAUGACAUAUACUUGGAUGAUUUGAAGGCUUUGGAACCUGAAGUUGCAGCUCUGUAUUUUCCCAAGAGUCUGGUAGGUUCCAGACAGUGGGUGGAAUGUGAUACCCUCUCUGGGUCACAGUCGCCACAAUCUGUGGGAAGUGCAGCAGCUGACAGUGGCACAGAGUGCAUGUCUGAUUCUGCCAUGGACUUGCCUGAUGUCACUCUCUCUCUUUGUGGAGGUCUUAGUGAAAAUGGAGAGAUAUCAAAAGAAAAAUUCAUGGAGCAUAUUAUUACUUACCAUGAAUUUGCUGAAAACCCAGGACUUAUAGACAAUCCUAAUCUUGUAAUAAGGAUAUACAAUAGGUACUAUAACUGGGCAUUGGCUGCUCCCAUGAUUCUCAGCCUGCAGGUGUUCCAGAAGAAUUUACCUCAGACUACAGUUGAAUCUUGGAUUAAAGAUAAAAUGCCAAAGAAGUCUGGAAGAUGGUGGUUCUGGCGUAAGAAAGACAGUUUAGUUAAACAGCUUCCUGAGCCAAAGGAAGGAAAAUCUGAGGCUCCAAAAGGGGACCUAUCAGCUGCUAUGAAGGAACAAGUUGAAAGCCGGCCUAUGGAUGAUUCUUCUAGUGAUGAAGAAUCACAGGAACUGAAAGAAACCUUUAAAAAAGAUUCUAUUUCAAUGGAACAGCCAAGCCAUGGAAAUUCUACCUCGUAUAAAAAAUCAUUACGAUUGUCUUCAGACCAAAUCGCAAAGCUGAAGCUUAGAGAUGGCCCAAAUGAUGUUGUGUUCAGCAUUACAACCCAGUAUCAGGGGACUUGCCGUUGUGCAGGAACGAUAUACCUGUGGAACUGGAAUGACAAAAUCAUCAUUUCUGAUAUUGAUGGGACAAUAACAAAGUCUGAGCUUUAGGACAGA